GGAGCAGAGAGCAGCCAUUGCUGUGUCUGGCAGCAGAGUUGUGAAUAAGACAUCUGGUGAGCGUGAGACACCCAGCAGCCAUCCUCGUGUGUCAGGAGGACUGAGCAGGUCUCAGAGCCCCAUCACGCUGCCUUCACCUCACUCACUGAUAGAUAAGAGACACAGUGACCAGAAGUUCCAGGAACUCGCCAACAAGAUCAUUCAGCUGCUGACUGGAGAGGAGGGGGAGUAUAUAGAGGAACACAGGUGUUUGUACAAGGACGUGAUGAUGGAGAAUCACCGGCCGUUCACAUUACCGGGUCAGAGGAGACUGUCAUGUAUUGUACAGGGGAGAGCAGAUGGGCCCAGUAACAGAGAUACCCCAGAGAGAUGUCCCCGUCCUCUGUAUUCCCAGAACUGUACAGAGGAGAAUCACAGGAUCCCACAGGAGGAUCAGGUAGAACGUCUGUCUAAUAUUAAAAUAGAAGAUAUAGAAGGAGAAGAAGAGACGUAUGUGACUGAUAUAAAGGCAGAAGAUAUAGAGGGAGAAGAAGAGACGUAUGUGACUGAUAUAAAGGCAGAAGAUAUAGAGGGAGAAGAAAAGACGUAUGUGACUGAUAUAAAGGCAGAAGAUAUAGAGGGAGAAGGAGAGACGUAUGUUACUGAUAUAAAGGCAGAAGAUAUAGAGGGAGAAGGAGAGACGUAUGUGACUGAUAUAAAGGUAGAAGAUAUAGAGGGAGAAGAAGAGACGUAUGUGACUGAUAUGAAGGCAGAAGAUACAGAGGGAGAAGAAGAGACGCAUAUGACUGAUAUAAAGGCAGAAGAUACAGAGGGAGAAGAAGAGACAUAUGUGACUGAUAUAAAGGCAGAAAAUAAAGAGGAAGAAGACACGUAUGUGACUGAUAUAAAGGCAGAAUAUACAGAGGGAGAGGAAGAGAUGUAUGUGACUGAUAUAAAGGCAGAAAAUAUAGGUGGAGAAGAAGAGACGUAUGUGAGGAGUGAUCAGCAGUGUAAGGAGGAGGAGAUCCCUACAGAUAUCAGCACAGCAGAUGGACACACAAGCAGGAAUAUCUCAGAAGGACAUCUAAUGUUAUCCCGGGAUUGUGACAUAAAAGAUAAUGACAAUAGACAGGAUUCUCCAGGAGCUAACCCCAUUACCCCAAUUAUACAUCCAGCUCUAUCAGCUGGUCCCUCUGAUCCUGGAAAAUGUUCUCCUGAUCACUCUGAUAUUGGUGCAUCUGUUACAGCUCUGAGAGUAGAUACAGUGUUUCCCUGUUCUAUAGAUGCCAAAUGUUUUACACAGAACACAAAGCUUAUUAGCCAUCAGACAGGUAAGGCAGGUGAGAGGCCAUUUCCCUGUUCUGAGUGUGGGAAAUAUUUUGCACAGAAAUCAUAUCUUAUUACACAUCAGAGAAGUCACACAGGUGAGAAGCUAUUUUCUUGCUCUGAGUGCGCGAAAUGUUUUAUCCGGAAAUCACAACUUGUUACACAUCAGCGAAGUCACACAGGUGAGAAGCCAUUUCCAUGUUCUGAGUGUGGGAAAUGUUUUGCAUGCAAAUCAGUUCUUGUUAUACACCAGAGAAGUCAUACAGGUGAGAAGCCAUUUUCUUGCUCUGAGUGUGGGAAAUAUUUUGCACAGAAAGCACAACUUUUUAGACAUCAGCGAAGUCACACAGGUGAGAAGUCAUUUCCAUGUUCUGAGUGUGGGAAAUGUUUUUCACACAAAUCAGAACUUGUUAGACAUAACAGAAGACACACAGGUGAGAAGCCAUUUUCUUGCUCUGAGUGCGGUAAAUGUUUUAUCCAGAAAUCACAACUUGUUACACAUCAGCGAAGUCACACAGGUGAGAAUCCAUUUCCAUGUUCUGAGUGUGGGAAAUGUUUUGCAUGCAAAUCAGUUCUUGUUGUACACCAGAGAUGUCACACAGGUGUGAAGCCAUUUUCUUGCUCUGAGUGUGGGAAAUAUUUUGCACAGAAAUCACAACUUGUUACACAUCAGCGAAGUCACACAGGUGAGAAGCCAUUUCUAUGUUCUGAGUGUGGGAAAUGUUUUGCACAGAAAUCACAACUUGUUGCACAUCAGCAAAGUCACACAGGUGAGAAUCCAUUUCCUUGCUCUGAGUGCAGGAAAUGUUUUACCUCGAAAACACAACUUGUUACACAUCAGCGAAGUCACACAGGUGAGAAGCCAUUUCCAUGUCCUGAGUGUGGAAAAUGUUUUGCACACAAAUCAGAUCUUAUUAGACAUAACAGAAGUCACACAGGUGAGAAGCCAUUUUCUUGCUCUGAGUGUGGGAAAUGUUUUUUCCGGAAAUCACAACUUGUUACACAUCAGCGAAGUCACACAGGUGAGAAGCCAUUUCCAUGUCCGGAAUGUGGGAAAUGUUUUACACAGAAAUCAAAGCUUGUUAUUCAUCAGAGGCGUCAUGCGGGUGAAAAGCCAUUUCCAUGUUCUGUGUGUGGGAAAUGUUUUACCAACAAAUCAGAUCUUGAUACACACUAUAGAAUUCACACAGGAGAUAGACCAUUUUCAUGCUCUGAGUGUGGAAAAUGUUUUAUACGGAAAUCAGAUUAUGUUACACAUCAAAGAAGUCACACAGGUGAGAAACCUUUUCCAUGUUCUAUGUGUGGGAAAUGUUUUACCAACAAAUCAGAUCUUAAUAAACACUAUAGAAUUCACACAGGGGAGAGACCAUUCCCAUGCUCUGAGUGUGGGAAAUGUUUUUUACGGAAAUCAUAUCUUGUUACACAUCUGAGAAGUCACACAGGUGAGAAACCGUUUCCAUGUACGGAGUGUGGAAAAUGUUUUCAACUGAAAUGUAAUCUUGUUACUCAUCAGAGAGUUCACACGGGUGAGAAGCCAUUUCCAUGUUCUGUGUGUGGGAAAUAUUUUACACAGAAAUCAUAUCUUGCUAUACAUCAGAGAAGUCACACAGGUGAGAAGCCAUUUCUAUGUUCUGUGUGUGGGAAAUGUUUUACACAGAAAUCAUAUCUUGCUACACAUCAGAUGAUUCACACAGGGGCGAAACCAUUUCCAUGUAAAGAAUGUGGGAAAUGUUUUACAAAGAAAUCAAUGCUUAUUACACAUCAGAGAAGUCACAGGUAAGAAGCUUACAGUAUAUCAAUAAGCUGAAAGAAAUAUAAAAGCUCUAGUUACUCAGUACAUUAAUGUUAUAAUCUAGUUAGCAUCAUCAGAUACGGUUGGAAUAUACAUCAGCAACAUAAGAUUAAAACAGAUCUCAUGUGGAACAUAUAUCCGUUUCCUGUUCGAUAAUAGCAUCCCUCUCCACAAUAAUAAACCAUUUUCUCUGACGUCCUAGUGGAUGCUGGGAACUCCGAAAGG